UAAAUUCACAUCUAUCUUAAUCAAGUUUACCGUUAUCAGUUAAAAUACGGGUACAUGUCGAACAGGAAUGUUUACACAAAGCAAAUUCUCCAAAGACAUUUUUGAAAACACAAGGCUGCUUAUGGGCGUUUGCUAAGGGCAUCUAGAGAGUAAAGAUGGUGGUUUUGUCGACAAAAUCUAUGAGCUGGCUACCCUGUUUUACUGUUCUCGGUCUAUGUUGCCUUUUACAUGUAGUUUACGGUCAGAACAUUAAGGUGGAAUAUUACAGUCGUGCCACACUGCAAUGUGAUAACGACAAACUCAACUUGAGCAGCAGCAAUCAAGCUGACGUGGUCAGCAAAACAUGGAUCCUCCCAAACGGAAACACAGUAGACAAUACCUCAAAGUCGGACAUGGUGGAGCGAAAUGUGCCAAGAUGGACUCUGUCCGAAAACUUUGCAAACUUUAAUCUGACUUUAAACAGGGUAGAUGACGACGAUUUUGGAAUGUACACGUGUAUCGUGGUUUUUAAGAAUGAUAAAAUAAAAGUUGUUCGGCGGGGUCUGAAUGUAGACGGGGCCGACUUUAGCAAACUACUGGAGACCUACAGGAAGAAUGCCAUUACUGGAGGGAUAGCGGCGGCGUGUCUAUUCGCGGUUUUCGCCGCCUCGUGUGUCAUAUGGCAUUGCCGCUACAGUUCGCGCCGCGAAAAGGACCAGAAAAAAGAGGGUCUAGAGACGGGGGACCCUGCAAUGAAAACCUUUGACAAUGCUGCAGUAGAGAUGGAGGAAACGAAUCACCUGUGACGUGGUUUCACUCAGUAGUUCUUCUUUUAUAAAUACCUUGCAUAAUCAGAUCUCCCUUCGGCUUCGUAAGAAAUAGAACUAUUUUAACAAGACCUUGGACUUUCAGUUGGAUGUAGCAAUCUAUUUCUUGCGUCAAAACAAGUUAAAAUGACUCUGGUUUUAAGCGAAGUAUACACCGAUUGCGUAGUCUUCGCUCAAAAGCCAGACAAAACCUUUUGAUUUCAAAGAGUCAUGGCUGAGAGGCCUACAAUGAAAUAGACAGGCCUACUUACGUCACAUUUGCCGUUUGACUUAACUCCUUAAAGUACAAGCUCUUGUUAGAAUGGUUCUGUAGGACUGUGAGUUACAUGUACUUUACAUGAACAGUCCUUGUUGUCUUGUAUAUGGGACUUGCAAUCUGUACGUAACAAGACAUUUCUAUGUACACAUUAAUAAUUUUACAGUUUUCAUGAAGUAAAACCACAGGCACUUGUUUCUGAGAAAAAAAUUUACCCUAUAGUGUGUUAUUAUUAUAUAGGGUAAAUUUUUUUCUCAAAAACAAGUGCCUGUGAGUAAAACUAACAGACUUGUGGUGAAAAAUUGUAAUAUUAACUUAAACGUGCGAUCAUUUUGUUUGAUAUCAAAAAAUCGUAGUUUUGUACAUUGCAUAGAAUUUGAGGUAACUUAGUGUAUGAUUUCUAUUCUUUAUAUACAUGUAAUAAACUUUAAACUAAA